CUCGAGUGUGUACCAAAACUCAGAACCAAUAGCAAAGGUAGAUUAUUGCUCUUCAAGAAUUGUGAUCCACGUUCGACGUUUCCAUAGUAAUAUCUUUUUUUACUGGGAGAUGCAGUGUGUUAUGUACAAUUAACUUAUCGAAGGAAAAGCCCUAAUCUGUGCUAACUGCUUUUUAUUGUGCUAAGCAAUAGCCAAAGACAGAAUGGAUUCUGUUUAUUUGAUGAUCCUGAAUAUUCCGCGAAAUUUCCAUUCUUCAGAUUUAAGAAGCUAUUUUUCAGAUUUUAUUGAGAGUCAAGCGCACUUUACGUGUUUUCAUUUUCGCCAUCGACCGCAGCUCGAAUUAAUCAAUCCUUCGGAAGCCUUCAGUUUUGAGGAAAACAACUUCUACCUUAACAGCACGAGCGGAAUUAAAAGUGCACCUGCAUCAAAUCUGCUAAUCAAAGAUUCAGUCUGUUGUAUUGUGAAAUUAUUCAGUAAAGAAGCAAGAACAGAGGCCAUAAGGAAAUACAACUUGCAAAAUUGGGUUGACAAACAUGAGAGAUUCUUACCAAGUAGAUGUAUUGCCAUCGCUAUAACUGUAGUGGAAGAAUAUGUGAGAAAUUCUCUAGAUUCUUCAAUUUGCAUAAAUGAUGGGAAAGUAGAACUUAAGCUAUCAAAACAGAAAAUUGAACAAAUGGUUGAAUUAAAACCUCCUCCUCUCAUGCCCCGAGGAAAUGUAGGCACAUCUACAAAACAUUUUCUGAAUCUAAUUAACUCAUGCCGUCUACCCAGCAAUCUUAUAGGGAAAUUAGGAUUAAAUUUCCCUAAGACCAAAACUCGAAGAUAUGGCAAUGUUCCUUUCAACUAUGAAAAUCAUACAUGUGAGAAAAUUGAACUACCUGUUUCUUCAUUGACGAACUCAACAAACAGCAACAAUAAAAUAAAAAUAUUUCCUCAUGAACCAAAUUCCUACUCAGCAAAAAAGUGUACAAACAAAGGAGACACAAUGGAUGAUGAUGAUGUCGAGCAGGAGUGGGAUAGACACGAAGCUUUGCAUGACGAUGUGACUGAACAAGAGAGAAACAAAGAAAGACUUUAUGAAGAAGAGAUGGAAGUUGUGUGGGAAAAAGGAGGGCCUGGCAUCGUUUGGUACACAGACGCACAACGAUGGCAAGAAGCUGAAGGAGACUUUGACGAACAGACAGCCGAUGACUGGGAUGUUGACUAUUCUGUUUACUUUGAAGAAAAUGGUGGUGACAAGGAUGCAAGAGACUGUGCAGAGAUGCGUCGGAGUACCAUGUGGCGCCAGGGUAAUGUAGAAACCGUUUUCAAAAAACCACAAAUACUACCACUACGACGAAAGUCGUUCAUGGAACAUUCCACGGGAAGAAAUGUUGUCGGUCCAUUCGAGAAGCAUACCAAAGGAAUUGGCCGCCGCCUAAUGGAAAAGCAAGGAUGGCGUGAUGGCUUGGGUUUGGGAGUCGCUCAGAAAGGAAUAGCUCAGCCUAUUGAAAGCGAUGGUCAGAAGCCAAGAGAAAGGAAAGGGUUGGGUUAUUUUGGCGAGCGAUUACCACGAUUCCGCGUGGCGAAUUCAAGUAAAGCUAAGUGUGUUUUUAUCGCAACCGCUUAUGAUAGCCCUGCUGACACAGAUCCUCCGGAAUCUCUUAAUAGAAGAAAUCAACCGACCACCAUGAAAUAUCGGCAUAAAUGAAUACAAUUAAUUUAAUAUUAUUUUGUUAAAUAGACGUUUCAAACUAUGACAGAA